UUACGUUUUAUUUUUAUUCAUUUGAUAGGUUAGACAGGAGUUCUUCAAGGUUUCGCGUAGAAAUCGAUCGGUUUUUUGUUAAAACAGAAUGUUUGCAGGUGUCGCACCUUCGAAAGAUACUUUCCUGAAUCAAGCUAGAACUGCCAGAGAAAUACGACAGAAUGCGAAAUCACAGAACGAAUCAGCUGUCAAGAUUCAGCGAAUGGUUCGUGGAUGGCUUUGCCGCAUCAAAAUAUGGAGAGAAGCUAGAUUACAAUUUGAUGCCACGUUUUUGGAAUCGGGGAAACCUCUCUCCAUAGAUGCUUUUAAAAUCAGUAGAAGAGUGAUACAGACUUUCAACCAUACAAAAGACAAAGAACGAUUUGAAAUAUAUUGCAGAUAUCUAAUUGCAAGUCUUGAACAAGAAUCUCCUAAAUUAAGCUGCAUAGGGGUGGCACUAAAUAAAGAUCAUGCAAUUCCUUGGAUUAACCACUUGAAAAAAGUAUUGGAGAUAGCGCUGUGCAUGAUGGAGCAACUAAAACCUGAAUCACCCCAUGAUUCAAAACAGUUAACAGUAUACCUCCACUUGUUGAUAAGUUUCACAUCAAUAACAAAUUGGAAAAUUUUGAAUAGUGGAAAACUACCAGAAUCAUUGAAGAAUGGUAUGCAACAGUUGUGCAAUAAUGUAAUGGGCUGUCUUGUAUCACUCACCUAUUAUCCUGUGCUUAAGACAUUGUUACUGCGUGGAUUAUGUGGACAGCGACGAUACCUCAAGCACGCAGCCGUAUCUGCGAUCAUGACCCUAAGCUUAAGACCACUAAUAGCUUCAGAAUUUUCCAGUCGGCUACUAACGUUGUACAUACUUAAUAUAUUUAGCGUUCCUGGAUUUAUUCUUCACCUGCAUGCAAUUACUCCCGAGUCAGUGGUGCAGUUUAAGUCAAAUGAACUUUUAACUCGCAUUUUGGAUUUUCUUAGUACCGAACAAAACACGCGUAUUGUAUUCCACACGCUUGAGGCAACGUUUUCUAUUUGUUUGCUGGGAAAUAUUAUUCAUUUGACUCAAAUGGAAGAAGAAAACUCGCUGAAAAAUUUGAUUUUUCCGAAUUUUGUCUGUUUGGUCUGCAGGUUGUUGGAACAUUGCCAGAGAUAUGUGCAAGCGAAGCAAUCGAAUCUGACCCAGUGGCAUCCAAUCCUAGGUUGGUUUUCCAGUGAUGAAAAGUCCACCUCAAUGCUGGACGUUCAAGAGACGACCCCUCUUAUUAAGCAACAGCUUAGUUUCCUAUGGACUUCUCCAUUAGUUCAACAGCUGACAGCUUGCUUGCCUGUCGCCGAACGCCAAGGCCUUAACAUUCCAGAUCCUCGCAGGGAGACACCUGAUGACAAGAAUCUAGUCACAGCUUUCAAAAAAGCGCUAGGAAAUAACAAAACCAGUAGAGGCACUCAAGUCGUCCAUACACUCCGUAGGCUAGGUAGUCCCGAGGUUACCCAAGUUGCCCUUGUCGCAUCGAUGUUCCAAACAGCCUUAUCUACCCUCACGCAGAUGCGAAUGGACAUUCUUACUGCACUGAGCUGCAGAGAAAACUUUUUGCCGAAUCUUUGGCAUUUUAUCAGUUCGCUUGGACCGAAUCAUGGAUUAAAAACCUAUCUCGAUUUACUGUCAGUCGAUUCUAAGCGCCUGUCACCAGAAUGCCAGAUGCUUCAUCUUUUCUGCGAAGGAACUACGCACUUUGUCACUGUUUUAGACGACAUAGAGAUGUAUGAAGAGCAAAAACCUUUCACGCUAUUAGAGUUUUGCAAUAUUUCAUCAUUUCUCAAUCACUUCAUGUUUAAAGCUAUUUGGAGUGGGUUAGCCGAUGCAACAUCGUUUCAUUCCCUUGGAUCAUCGACGCCGAAUUACAAUCUAUUUCACGCAGCCCAUACGUUACUAAUGGUAAUUUAUCGCCGCGACUGCCGGCGUCCAUUUGCCCCCAAGGACCACUGGCUUGUCAAGGACGUUAAGAGCUCGCUUCUCGUUGCCGAACUAGAACGUGGGAGACAAUCUGUUCAGCUGCUACUUCAAAAGAUGCCACACGUUAUUCCAUUAGAAGAUCGGGUUUUGCUUUUUCGCAAGUACAUAGCCAAUGAAAAAAACGCUUUGGGUUUGACGGAAACCGCUUCGGCGUCGCCACAAUCCAUCCUUAUAACAGUCCACAGGAUGCGUAUGGUGGAAGACUCUUUCCGGCAGUUGGCAGAUUUGCCGGUGCAGCUAUGGAAAGGCAUCAUUCGCGUUAAGUUUAUAAAUUACCAAGGCUUGGAAGAAGCAGGCAUAGAUCAAGAUGGAGUUUUUAAAGAAUUUCUGGAAGAAACUGUUCGUAGACUAUUUGAUCCUUCACUCAACUUAUUCCGUUCAACAAAAGAUCAACGUCUUUAUCCGUCUCCCACUUCCUAUAUGACGGACAAUCACCUGCAUUUAUUUGAGUUUGCUGGUAAAUUGCUCGGAAAAGCCGUCUAUGAGGGGUCUACGGUUGAGGUUCCAUUAGCUUUAUUCUUCUUGAGCCAAGUCUUGGGUCAAACGCACAGCGUGUUAUAUUCAGCACUUGAUGAACUGCCUUCUCUCGAUCCGGAAUUAUAUCGUAGCUUGACUUAUAUCAAACGCUAUGAAGGUGACGUUUCCGAUUUAUCGCUGACGUUUUCCGUGGAUGAUGAUUUCAUGGGAAAAUUAAUAACACAAGAAUUACGGCCCGGAGGCAAGGCAAUUCCCGUUACCAAUGAGAACAAAAUUUCCUACAUCCAUCAAAUGGCUCAUUUCCGCAUGCACACGCAAAUCCGAGACCAGACUUCGGCUUUCUUGAGAGGAUUCCGCACUCUUGUCAACCCUGAAUGGCUUUCCCUGUUCUCCACCCCUGAGGUACAAAGACUCAUCGCAGACGACAAGGGGCCGAUUAACUUCAAAGACUUGCGCAAGCACACGCAAUAUUACGGGGGUUUUCACGACAAUCACCGUGUUAUCUCAUGGUUGUGGGACAUUCUUGACAAUGACCUCAGUGAAGAAGAAAAGCGUCUCUUCCUAAAAUUCGUGACGAGUUGUUCUAAGCCGCCACUUUUGGGCUUUGCUCACCUGCAACCACCUUUCUCGAUUCGUUGCGUCGAAGUCAAUGAGGACGAAGAUAAUGGAGACACGAUAGGAAGCGUCAUUAGAGGAUUUUUCACUAUUCGAAAGCGUGAUCCGAUUAACCGACUGCCCACGUCUUCUACAUGCUUCAAUUUACUGAAAUUGCCUAACUAUCAGCGCAGAAGCACACUUAAGGAAAAGCUUCGUUAUGCCAUCACAAGCAAUACCGGAUUCGAACUGUCCUGAAUUGUCUUUGCCCAUACAAACAGAACAAAGAUUACGAGUCAUUUUGAAUAGUUAAGGAGAUCCAUGUGUCCUUGACCUCUCGUUUCGGAUCUGACCAGAUCGUCAAUUUCGCGAAAAUUACCCGGAUCAAUCAGACAUACCUGUAAUUUUAAAAUAAGAACACAUACCAUUGAACGUAUUUUGUUGUUUUGUUUGAAGAAAAAGUAGAAAUUUAAAUAAUUGCUUAAUUUUAAUGCAACUUGAUCUGUUCAGCAGAUGUGAACUUUUAAGGGUGCGCUUUCUGCCUAUGCCGUUCUCAUUUAUGACGAAAAAUUAAAUAAAUAAAAGAAAUUUGUACAAUAUUUCAACUCAUGACUAAUAA